AUGGUACGAAAGGAGGCUGCGAAAGGAGAUGAAGCGAAGCCAUUGCUGGUGGAUCAGAAGAAGAGGAACGGAAAAGAAGGCAAGAAGGCAGCUCGUGACGACGUCGCCAAGGGAAGACAUGUAACGAUAGUUACUGGUGAUCAAUCUGGUGAGAAGAAUAAGCCGAAGAUAAGGGAAGAGGAGCGUAAGGAUGCGAUACAACAAGAUUUGGCAUCUACAUUCACGGCACCGUCACAGAGCACACAAUCGAUGAGUCCAGAAGGCAAAGAGCUGUAUCCCCCAGACCAAAUCAAAGAACUACGCCUCGAUGAUAUAAUGGAUGACACAAUCUCUCAAUCAUUUUCAAAAGCGCAAAAUGUUCAUAAGGAUGAAAGAAGAGGAGCAUUUAAACAGGAAGCCGAACCUGAAAGAGUGGUGCUUGAUCAGCAAUUAUUUGACAAACACUAUGGAUUUCGUAGGGUGGACUUAACACUUGGAAGGAAGGUUCACUGGCAUUUCAAACAAGUUUUAAAAUGGGGACGCGUCGACUGGGCACAUUUUUUAAUGGGACGAGUGCCAAUAACAAAAUGGUUGCCGACUUACAAUUGGAGGGAUGAUCUAAGAGCAGACGUACUCGGAGGAGUAAUGUUAUCAAUCAUGUCUCUUCCUCAAGCUCUCGCAUAUGGAUACCUAGUUGGAGUGCCGCCCAUAUACGGCUUAAUUACUGCAACAUUUGGUCCGUUUGUGUAUGCAAUAUUUGGAAGUUCACGACAUAAUUCACCAGGUUGUUUUGCGAUUGCUGCUUUGAUGGUAGGCGGAGUUGUCGAGCGGUUCGCUCCGGGCAAUGAGAUUCUAGCCGCUCCGAAUAAUACUCAUCAUCCGACCUUCAUAUGCUGCAAAACUGCAUCUUCAGGUGUACCUCCCGAAGAUGCAGUUGGCAUUUCUACAUCCCUCACUUUUGUAGUGGGACUAUGGCAGAUUUUCUUCGGGCUCUUGAAUGCCGGGCUGCUUGCAGUUUGGCUGUCUGAUCAAUUGGUUCAAGGUCUUACAUCCGGAGCCGCAGUACAUGUCCUUACUUCACAACUCAAAUCCCUGUUAGGGGUCGAUGGACUCCCGCCUACGAGUGAACCGUUUGGGCUAAUCAGGUUUUAUAUGUGUUUCUCUCAAAGGAUAAACACAAUAAAAGUACAAAGCGCUGUGGUUUCUGCUAUAGGCCUCUUCCUUUUGUUGUUUUCCAGUUAUUUUAUUGAUCCUAUUCUCAAGAAAUGGACUAACGUUAAAUUUCCCAUGGAAUUCCUCUUAGUCAUUUUCUCUAUUCUUCUCGUCUUCUUAUCGCAAGAUACCCGCUAUCAAAUCAACGUUCCAAUUGUUGGGAAGGUAGAAUCUGGAUUCCCCAGUCCACGAUUGCCGUCUUUUGAACUCGCUGGUGAUCUCGUAUGGCAGGGCAUCACUGUCGCUAUCAUUUCGUUCGUUAUUCACAUUGCACUUGCUAAAUUAGUUUCAAAAAAGUUUCACUAUGAGAUCGAUACAAACCAGGAAUGGUUUGCACUUGGUGCAAUGCACACAUUAUCGUCUUUUUUCGGAUGCUUUGUUGGUGGGUCCUCUAUUGGUCGAACAAUGAUGCAAGUAAAAUUUGGAACUAGAAGUCAGCUCUCAACAAUCGUGUGUUGCACAGUAAUGGUUGGAUUUGUGUACGGUGCAGGAGUUUUUAUUUAUCAUCUUCCGAAGGCUGUUCUAGCUUGUAUCAUAGUCGCCGCAAUGAAAGAUCUAUUCGUUCAGAUCGUACGAGGAUUUCGAUUGUGCAAAGAGAGUACUGUGGACUUUAUGAUAUUUUUUGUAACUCUCGUCUCCGUGAUUCUAAUAAACGUAAAUACUGGUCUUAUUAUUGGGAUCGUCUUCGCCUUACUCACAGUAGUCUUUCGGACACAAUGGGCUGACAGUACCUGCAUGGGACGAAUUCCUGGUACUUCGGAUUUCAAAGGAUUAGGUCAUUAUCGCAGUGCAGAAGAAAUUCCAGGAAUAAAGGUUUUUCGUUUUGAUGCACCACUAUAUUUUGCCAAUGCAGAGCUGUUUAUUCUAAGCGUUCAUAACGCCUGUGGAUUGAAUCCAGUGCUUGUCAAAUCAAAGCUGGUUGAACAAGCAGCUGCAGAGAGAACUAGAGUUUCGAUGGAGGAUAGCGCUGAGGCUCAAAAAGUCGGUGCCGGCUCUGACAUGCAACUGCGCGUGGUUGGACGCCGUCUUGCUGAUGCGUCUGCAGAGUUGGUGAAAGAGGAUCCAACCGAACAUGUAGUAACCCAGCUUACGCACAUAAUCGUAGACUGUUCAACUAUUCCCUAUAUAGACUUGAUGGGAAAGGAUGCUAUUGCUCAAACAUUUGCGGACUAUGCCACCAUUGAUAUUACUGUUUUGAUUGCGAACUGUAAAGUAGCUGUGCGACAACUGUUUGAAACUAGCGAUUUCUAUCAGAAGGUGCCAAAGAAUAGGAUGUUUGUGAGCGUCAAUGAUGCUGUAACUCAAGCCCUCAAAGAGCAGCGAGAGCGUUUCCCUGAUCGUCCACCAAUGAUCGACCCCUCCGAGAUACAGCCAGCUAUAGUAAAUCCUGUGGCCCUCUCGCCAAUGGUGAAGACUGUUGUCAGCAAUGUGUUUGAAGAAGGAGAGGAACAAGCGACACAGAGUCCCGGUUCGAUUACACGCUCAACGCAGCGUGCGGAUCUCUCAAGUGCUGUUAAAAGAGAGAGCGCUAAAGCACGAAAAGUAACUUUGAAAUUGGAAAAGAAGAAGGAUGAGAAAGCUAAGAAAGAUGAGAAAAAGAAGGAUGAACCCCCGAAGAAAGAAGAAAAAAAGAAGGAAGAAGUGAAAAAGCCGAUAUGGCGUCGUCCGUUCUUGAAGACCACAAAGAAGGAUUUGGAUAACACCCAAUAG